AUGCCUCAUCCACAACAAUUGUCAUAUGAAUAUCAAACUCCCUCACAAAUGAUGUCAGGACCAGCUUCUUCGCAACAAGAACCGAUUCCAAUGAUGAUUACUCUUGGACAAUCAUUUCAACCAAUACCAGUGGCAUCACAAUAUAAAGAUCACUCGCUUGGGUACAGUAAUUCAUUUAAAAACAACAGAAUCGAACCACAACAACCAGAAUAUAAUACAUAUUCACAACCCAAUAAUUCUUUCCGAACUCCAUCACCGAUACAAUCACCAAAACCACUUAUUCAACCAUCACACAUGUAUUCACUGAAAAAACCAGCAAUGGAUACAAUCUAUCCAUAUAACUCAAAUCAAUUAUAUUGCCCACAAAAUAAGUAUAUGGAAAAAGUUUAUCCUGAUGAUGAUCUUCGACAAAAUGAUAAACCCACUUCGUGGUGUUGGCAACCAUUAUGUUUUGGGUUAACACGUUUUACUGGUGGAAUUCUAUUCGGAACUAUAAUCAUACUCGGUAUUGCAUCAAUAAGUGAUUUUAUCACUUCAAUUAUUUUAUAUAUUCAAAAUCCAUAUACAAAUUCACAAUGGAAAAUGUUAGCCAUCGUCGUCUGUUCUGUAAUGUUAAAAAACACAUUUAUAACAUUAUGUAUACUUAUUUAUUGCUACAAAAAUGGCCGUAUUGCUUAUAAUAGAAAUAAAAAUAGUUUAACAACACCAGAAUAUAAUCAACGCAAUGAUUUUGGAAACGGAAAUAAUUACAAUCGAUCGUAUGGUAUACCAUCCCUACCAUAUGAAACAAUUCAAAAUAUUUCACCUUUCUCAACAAAUGAAGAUGCUAUUCAAGUUGAAGAUAAACAAUCGAAUACUCAAACAACAAUGGCUCCUUUACGACCAAGAGAUUGGCAACGUCGAGUUUGGCCAGCCAAAAAUGCAUAUGGAGGUUUAUCUUAUUGUCCAUUCCAAAAAGCCAAAAUGGUUAAUCGUUUUAUUCAAACAUUGCCAAAUGAAAUCGAUCAAACAAUAUCACAACGAAAAAACAAUGCAAUCAACGUUGUACCGAGAAUGAUUAUUCGAUUACCAGAAAAUCAUCAUCAAUAUGAUGAAGAUCAAUAUCCAAGCCGUUUUAUUGAACAAAAACGACAGUAUAGCGUUGCUGAAAAAAUUAUUACGAGACCAAAAGGACUAUCAACAGAAGAAUAUAUAGAAUUCGCUGAAUUAAGAAAAAAUGAUGGAGAACGAAUUGAAAAACGAAGAAAGACCAAACGGUUUAAUAAUGUUUCUGUUAAACGUAUCAAAGCAGUUGAAAAACCAGAUGGUGUCCAAGAUGACUUUAACAUUGAUCAUUUUUAUCAAUAA